AUGCCAAUGUUCGCGAUGCGCAGCUUCCGGGCCACGCCUAUGACAUCACCGGGUCUUGUACGACUUCCCCAGGCUGACCCCCGCUUCCUAAAACUCAAGCAGCAGCUGUUUACCGCCCGAUACGUUAAUCCUAGAAACUUCGCAAUCGGUCUUGCUAUACCCACAGAAAGGUAUAUUCCCACAUGGCUCUAUACUCACAUAAAAACCAAAGCGACAGUUACCCUCACGAUGAAUCGGUCACUCUCAGUCCGCUCGAAGAAGGGCGGCGGUAGCGGCAGUGGGGAAAAGUCCGCGCCCAAGCACCGUUUCACGAUGGCUUCCCUUAGAGGUACGCAGCAGCCGGAGCUUUCGAAGAAACUGUUCAAGAUCAUCAAAUCUGAAAACCAUGCGAUUGGCGCCUACGAGGCUGCGGCACGUGAACGGGUCGGCAUUGCUCAGCAGCUCUCGGAAUGGGGUGAGGCCACAGAGGACGAGACGAUCUCGGAGAUUUCAGAUAAGCUCGGAGUGCUGCUCGCAGAGAUUGCCGAGCAAGAGGAUAUCUAUGCACAAGCCUUGGAGGAAUACCGAGGUGUCUUGAAGCAGAUUCGCAACACAGAAAGCUCAGUGCAGCCGAGCCGAGACCACAAAACCAAGGUGUCGGAUGAGAUCGCCAAGUUGAAAUACAAAGAACCUCAGAGUACUAAGAUUGUCCAGCUCGAACAGGAGCUUGUGCGCGCGGAGGCACAAAGCCUGGUUGCCGAAGCGCAACUCAGCAACAUUACUCGUCAGAAGUUCAAGGAGGCAUACGACCACCACUUCGCAGCCACUAUCGAACGUGCUGAGAAGCAAAUCAUCCUAGCCAAGCACGCUCGUCGUCUCUUGAACCUUGUCGACGACACCCCCAUCGUCCCCGGCGAUGUACACCCUCCGUUCGCAGAGGUAGAAGCAGCACGCCAGGUACUCACCGACGCAGAAGACGAUCUUCGCCAUUACCAGUUGGAUGUUGAGCCUAUCCAUUCGAAUGCAGGCAACCUCGGAGUGGGUGCAAUGCCGGGAGCCCCCGUGUCAGGAGUUGGAGCGGGAGAAACAAGUGGAGUCCCCGUUCCAGAGUCUACUACGUACGAGAUCUCCGCUGCUGUAGCCAUGGCGGACCGCAAGAAGAGAGAUCGCUACGCAGCGGGAACAGGAUACCAAUUCGGCGCGAAUACACAAGAGGCCGCCCAAGGAGCAGGAGUCCCCCCACCAGUAGUACCUGGCUAUGGAGCUCCAGCGCCCUCAUACGGUGCACCAUCACCUGCCUAUGGCGCUCCCUCUCCUGGGUUUGGCGCCCCCACCCCCGGCUACGGAGCGCCAGCCCAGGGCUAUGGACAGCCUAUGCCUCAAGAUCCGAAUGCCCUCAACCAGCAGUUCGGGCAGAUGAACAUAGGCCAAGGACAAGCAGCCCCUCAAGUUCAGCAGCCCGCCGCAGCUACUCAGCAGAACCAACUGUUCCCCUCGGACCUCAUCGCGCAGCCCUUCCACGUCUCGGAACUAUACAACCCUCCUCCUCCGAUCAACCUGCCCUCCAACGCCGCAGCCACCCCCUCCGAGUUCGCGAACGAGUCGAGUAAAUACCUGCGAUGUACGCUCAACACUAUCCCCACCAACCACUCGCUGCUCAAGAAGAGCAAACUUCCAUUCGCGCUCAUCAUAAGCCCGUAUGCUAGUCUGCACGACUCAGAGGACCCUGUGCCAGUAGUACACGAUCAGGUCAUUAGCCGUUGUCGACGAUGCCGCGCCUACAUUAAUCCGUUUGUCUCGUUCCUAGACCAUGGACACAGGUGGAGGUGCAACAUGUGCAACCUGACCAACGAUGUUCCCCAAGCAUUCGAUUGGGAUGCAGCACAGCAGAAGAGCGUCGACCGCUGGCAGAGACCCGAGCUGAACUAUGCAGUGACCGAGUUCGUUGCACCCCAGGAAUACAUGGUCCGCCCUCCACAGCCUCUGUGCUACUACAUUCUCCUGGACUGUACCCAGGGAGCAGUGAACAGCGGACUUCUCGCUGUCGUCUCCAGGGUCAUCAAGGAGUCCCUCGGCCGGAUACCAAAUGCAGACGGUCGGACACGCAUCGGAUUCAUGGCCGUCGAUAAUGGGCUACAUUUCUUUGGUAUCCCUCCAGACAACAGCGAAUCUAAUGAACCCCAACAACUCGUGGUUUCCGAUCUAGAUGAGCCCUACCUUCCCAUGCCCUCGGACCUUCUGGUCAGCCUCAGCCAAUGCCGCAACAACAUUGAGACCUUCCUUGACCGCCUUCCGACCAUGUUCCAGAACACACACGUCCCUGGAUUUGCGCUAGGCUCAGCUCUCCGAUCCGCACAUAAGCUCAUUUCCCCGCUUGGUGGAAAGUUGACCGUCAUUGCCGCAUCUCUGCCCAAUGUUGGCCAUGCAGCAUUGAGCCCCCGAGAAGACAAAUCAUUAUUGGGAACCGGCAAAGAAGGCAGUUUGUUGCAGCCUGCAAACAACUGGUACAAGUCGUUCGCCGUAGAAUGCUCCAAGAACCAGGUUUCAGUGGACAUGUUCCUGUUCUCCUCACAGUACCAGGAUGUCGCAACCCUAAGCAACCUUCCGCGAUUCACCGCCGGUCAGACAUACUUCUACCCAGGAUGGAAUGCUGCAAGACAAGAGGAUGUUGUCAAGAUUGCAACUGAGUUGGCUGACUACUUAUCUGCUGAGAUUGGUCUAGAGGCUGUGCUCCGUGUGCGUGCUACCACCGGGUUGAGAAUGUCCGCAUUCUACGGAAACUUCUUCAACCGCUCGUCUGAUCUCUGUGCCUUCCCAGCAUACCCCAGAGACCAAGCUGUUGUAAUCGAAGUCGCUAUUGACGAGACAAUCUCCAAGCCAUUCGCCUGUCUACAGGCUGCUGUGCUUCAUACUACUUCAAGUGGCCAGCGUCGUAUCAGAGUUUUGACUCUUGCGGUGCCAACAACUGAGAGUCUAGCAUCGGUCUACGCUUCAGCAGACGCACAAGCGAUCACCACCUAUUUCAGUCAUAAGGCGGUUGAGCGAGCAUUAUCGAGUGGUCUUGAUGCGGCGCGAGACGCAUUGCAGGCCAAGGUCAUUGAGAUUCUGUCAACCUACAGGAAGGAGUUGGCAGGUGGAAGUAUGGGCGGUGGUGGUCUGCAGCUACCACAAAAUCUGCGCGCUCUCCCCAUAUUGUUCCUUGGUCUUAUCAAGAACGUUGGUCUUCGUAAGAGCGCUCAGAUUCCAAGCGAUCUUCGAUCAGCUGCUCUCGAUCUCCUUUCUACACUACCACUGCGACUGCUUACACAGUACAUCUACCCAUCUUUCUACUCUCUUCACGACAUGCCUGAUGACGCUGGUGUACCGGAGCCUACUACUGGUCAGAUUACAAUGCCACCCGCAUUGAACCUCUCUAGUGCAGCUAUCGUCCCGUACGGCUUGUACCUCCUGGACGACGGUGUCAACCAAUUCUUAUGGAUCGGCCGCGAUGCUGUUCCAGCACUCCUGAACGAUGUGUUUGGCGUCGAAGACCGUACACAACUGAAGCAGGGCAAGGCUUCAUUGCCUCUCCUUGACAAUGAAUACUCGGAACGAGUUCGAGCCGUUGUGGAGAAGUCGAGGGAUCACAAGUCGAAGGGCGUGGGUUCUAUCACUCUGCCUACCCUGUAUAUCAUCAAGGAAGAUGGCGACCCAAGCCUCAAGCUAUGGGCGCAGACACUACUCGUCGAAGACCGGGCAGACCAAGGAGAGAGUAUUGUUCAGUGGAUCAGCAAACUCCGGGAAAAGGUAUACCAAUGA